CGCCCGCCCCCGGGCAUCCUUUCCAUGCUGGUGUGAGGCACGGCGAGCGGGGAAUAUGAACAGGAAGGCAAGGCGCUGGAUCCUGCACAUCUUCCUGAGCCUGGGGAUUGUCUACAUCAAGAUCGGGGGUUUUUCCUCGGUGGUGGCCCUGGGCGCCAGCAUCAUCUGUAACAAGAUCCCGGGUCUCGCCCCCCGGCAGCGGGCGAUCUGCCAGAGCAGGCCYGACGCUAUUAUCGUCAUCGGGGAAGGGUCCCAGAUGGGCAUCAACGAGUGCCAGUUCCAGUUCCGCAACGGGCGCUGGAACUGCUCGGCGCUGGGCGAGAGGACGGUCUUCGGGAAAGAGCUCAAAGUGGGCAGCAGGGAGGCGGCCUUCACGUACGCCAUCAUCGCGGCGGGAGUCGCGCACGCCAUCACGGCCGCCUGCACGCAGGGCAACCUGAGCGACUGCGGCUGCGACAAGGAGAAGCAGGGGCAGUACCACAAGGAGGAAGGCUGGAAGUGGGGCGGCUGCUCUGCCGACAUCAGGUACGGCAUAGGCUUCGCCAAGGUCUUCGUGGACGCCAGGGAGAUCAAGCAGAACGCCAGGACCCUCAUGAACCUGCACAACAACGAGGCCGGGCGGAAGAUUCUGGAAGAAAACAUGAAGUUGGAAUGCAAGUGCCACGGGGUGUCCGGAUCCUGCACCACCAAAACAUGCUGGACAACUCUUCCCAAAUUCCGGGAGCUGGGCUACAUCCUUAAGGACAAGUACAACGAAGCAGUUCAAGUGGAACCGGUGAGGGCGAGCCGUAACAAGCGUCCGACCUUCCUUAAAAUUAAGAAGCCGCUUUCCUAUCGCAAACCCAUGGAUACGGAUUUAGUGUACAUAGAAAAGUCUCCCAAUUACUGUGAAGAAGACCCCGUCACGGGCAGCGUGGGGACGCAAGGGCGGAUGUGCAACAAGACAGCCCAGCAGUCCAACGGCUGCGACCUGAUGUGCUGCGGCCGAGGCUACAACACCCACCAGUACUCGCGCGUGUGGCAGUGCAACUGCAAGUUCCACUGGUGCUGCUACGUCAAGUGCAACACGUGCAGCGAGAGGACCGAGGUGUACACGUGUAAGUGAGCCCGCGUUGGCACACACGCUCGACCUGCCCACGCGGGACUGAGGCACAGCCCUGCUCGCCCAGGACAAGUCAUCCCUGUCUUUUCCUCUUGUGCUUCGCUGCUUAUAUGGAUACGCUCUUCAAACUCAUGGAAGUCAACCAAGAAACAAAGACAACCCUCCGCCAAGCUGCUUGACGUAUAAACCAGAAAAAAAGAGAUCCUCUCCGUCAAUCAGCACCUCUAGAGCACAAAGCUGUGACUGCCCUGUGAAGAGACACCAGCCAGAGGGAAAACUCUGAGCUUGGCAAUGGACUCGAUUGGUUUUGAAAGAGAUGAUUGAGAACUUCAGUGCAUAAGAACAGGGGAGAGAAAGGGGAUCCUCCUUAGAGAGGGGCUUUGCACCGCGCGGGAUGGACAGUGCCUGGGCUGAAUUGCCUGUGUAAGUGUGUGGGUGGCACGGAGUUAGGCUUCUGCACUCGUGAAAAGCUUCUGCUGGUCUGGCCCACCUUCCCCCUCGGUACCCUUUGCUACGGCAAGUUGAACUGUUGGGGUUGCUGUAGGCGCUGCUUUAUCUGCCGUUUCGUGUGUGUGCGCGCGUGCGCUGUGAAUUCUGGCACAGGGAUUGGGGACAUCUGGGCAUAAUAAUAGCAAUAUUUAACAAUUUAUUCAGAUAAAACUAAUAUUAAUUUAUUUAAUUAAAAAGAACUCUACCGACGUUUUUGGACCUGUUCUGCAAUUAAAGUAGAUAGCUUGCUUUCUUUGUGGAAUAGUUUUGUAGAAACAGCAAGGAAAAACUGGAGCUGUAUAUAUUAUUCUUUACUGGGAUAUUUCUACUAGUUGGACUUGCAGGAUAUGUUCUACAGUGCUGGAUGUUUAAGUUCUAAAGCUGGUGUCUUUAUAUAUAUGUACAUACACAAACACACUUUUUUUUUUGUGUGUGCUGUUUGCUGCUAGUUGUCUGGAACAAAAAUUAUAUGGUAGAGGUUUUAAAUCUUUACCAGAUUUUUUUUUUCAUCAAUUAAAGAAAGAAGCAUUAAGAAAAUCCUGUUUGGAAUAUGUCUAGAAAUAAGGAACUCCAGACAAACUUCCAUCUUUUGGAAAAACAACCAUAGGAUAAGAGAGUAUAUUUUGUAAGAGGCUAUUUUUAUAUAAAUAUUUUAUUUAUACUACGUCUGCUUGUUCAACCUGUACUUUUUCUCAAACCAGACAUACAGUUUGUAAUCCUUAGGCUAUUUAACAGAGGGAGGCCCAACAGUAGCCAGCUGGAGACAUUCAGCUGCACCGGUGGAUGUGUCGGAAAGCAGAAUGGACUUUCUCUCUGGAUGUGUGUACAAAGUGGCUCUUUUCCUGGGGUUCAAUUUGCAGAAUACGCAAAACAAGAACAGGGGAUGUAGCAUCAAUUCUGUCACAUGGUUUGAAUUCAUGAUUGGUAUUAACUGGAUGCUCAUUUAUCCCAUUCAGGAAAAAACUCUGAAUUAGCUUCCCACAUGCGUCAGUCAUUAAACUGUGGCGUUAUGACUAGCAAA